AUGCGUGUCUCCCCGCGUCACUGGUAUGGCGAAGACUUCGGCUCCGCCGAGAAGGUACGGAACCGAUAUGACAAGCUCGUCGGAGGCAUCCGACGAAACAAAAUGCGACAGAGGCGCUCUCAUGGCGUUGCUGACUCGGUGCCAAAGUGGCAGAGCCCAGCUCAGCAUCCGGCGUCUCGGAAGGUGCCGAACGUUGAGAAGGAAGGUGGACCGAAAGGGCUUUGGCUCCGUCGAAGUCAUCGAGGACCCCUUCCUUUUCGACCGUCUCUCUAUGCGCUUUCCUUCAAUGACCUUCUGAUCCCUUCGCUCGUCGACGACCUUGAGGAGGCAACAGUGAGCAUGGAGGAAGAGCUUUCUUUUGAGCUCUUGAGGCGGUACUACGGAUACGAUCACGUCAGAGAUGCGCAAAGCGAUGAGCCGAGAGAGUCUCUUGACCCAGUUAUCAGCAUCGACAGAAGCCACGGGUGCUUCACGCCCUAUGAACUUUGCGAUGGCACGUACCAUGCACCCAGCAGCUACCGCCAAGAGGAAGCUUUUCCGCAGCAGCCGGCUCAGCUUUACGAUACAUCGUCCCUUGGGCAGCAUUUCGACUUUCACCGCGCAGAACAGCAGGGUCUCGUCGCCCCGCCAUCGCUUCCAGCAGUGAGAGCAGGUCGUCAGCCUUCCUUUCCAGCGAGGGAUGAUGGCGCUCAUAGUCAAAGGAUCGAUUCGGCAGCGAGGUCCUUCGAUAGGAAUGCAGAUCCUCGUUCAGAGCAAAGCACUACGGUGCACGCUGAGCCCAUGCCUGGACGAAGAGUACAGCUUGUCCCCGUGACGACGUUGCGUAAGAGGAUCGAUGCGACCAUCCAUAAUGAUUUCGCCGACCUCUGGAGAGGAACGCACCACAGCUUUCAGUCCCAGAUGCAGCAGAGCUAA